AUGUUACUCGCUUCACUUGCUUCACUGCUCCUCGCUACCCGCACCGUCGCCGGGUUGCCACAGCAAGUUACCGAGGGCCUAGUCGAGCAUGAGAGGGCAGCCUUGAUUCCAAGUUCCUGGAAGCGGAUCCGCUCUGCAACUGCCGACGAUGUCUUGACGCUGCGCAUCGCCGUCAAGAAUCAUCGCAAACUCGACCAAAGUCACAUUUUGGCGCGCAGCGAUCCCAACUCUCCUUCGUAUGGAAAGUACCUCAGCGCUGCAGAGCUGAACUCUCUCCUCGACGAGUCAACACCCUCCGGCGCACGCCAGGCCUCAUGGGACAGAGUCAAGCGCUGGGUUGGUCAGCAAAACGUCAAGGUUGUCGGAGAAAAUGCCCGCGGCAUCCAGAUUAGCCUUUCGGCCUCCGAAGCAGAAUCACUGUUCGGCACCAGCUUCUCCAUUUACAGCAAGGAUGGCGACAAUACCCCAGUUGCACGCACUGAGGCAUAUUCUUUGCCUGCCAGCAUCCGAAACGACGUUGAGUUUGUUUAUCCAACCAUUCAUUUCUUCCAAGGAGGAAGUCACCAUGAUCCUGCGUCAGAAUUGGAGCGCCGUCAGCGUGGGCUUCCCCAGGGACCAUUCGACUGCACCAAGUACAACUGCCCCGUGAACAUAUCGACCAAGUAUAAUAUAGAUUAUAUUCCAGAGUCAGCAUCAGCCAGCAAGCUUGCCGUCGCUGGCUUCCUCGAGCAAUACCCCAGCACCGAGAGUUGGAAAAGCUUCAUCUCAAAUUACAGCCUCAGCAAUUCGACCAACCAAGCCCCUUUCAACGUGGUGACCGUCAACGGGGGCAAGAACCCCGAUACCGUCAAGGAUGGCAUGCUGGAAGCACAGCUGGACCUGGAAUACACAACCUCCUUCACCGGACCGCUCAACGUCACCUACUACAUGGUGGGAGGCCGACCACCGACCCUGAAGCAGCCGGGGAACGUUACAGUCCCUGCAAACGAGAGCGACCAGGAGCCGUACCUCGAGUUCCUGGACUUCCUCCUGUCCCAGGACGACAUCCCGCAGGUCAUCUCCAUCUCCUAUACCGACGACGAGCAGUCCGUGCCUCGAAGCUACGCCGAUCAGGUCUGCGACCGCUUCGGCCAGCUGGCCGUGCGCGGCGUGUCCGUUCUGGUGGCCAGCGGCGAUGCCGGGACCCAGGGCACCCGCUUCAGCCAGUGUGUCGGCCCCGCCGGCGAGCCGCGCUUCAUCCCGACCUUCCCUGCCUCAUGCCCGUGGGUCACUACCGUCGGCGCCACCUCCUACUGGGGCGGCGUGGCCGGGUUCAGCUCGGGAGGUUUCUCCAACUACUACCCACGGCCCGACUGGCAAAACGCUGCGGUCGAGGCGUACCUGCCUCACACCGGCAUCCCCGAGAACCCGUACUAUGCCUGGAACAGCUCCGGGCGCGGCUACCCGGACGUCACGCUGCUCGGGACGGACUACCUUGUCACCAACGCCGGGUCCUCGCUGCCGGCCAAGGGGACGUCGGCCUCGACUCCGGUGGUCGCCAGCAUGAUUGCCUUGCUCAACGACAUCCGGUUGAGAAAAGGCAUGCCCGUGUUGGGGUUCCUAAACCCGCUGCUGUAUUCGAAUGAGGUGGCUCAGGGCGGCUUUACUGACAUAACAGAAGGCGUUGUCAAUGGCUGCUCUAGCGCGCAGGCCCAGCAGCCCGGAUUUACGGCCGCUGAUGGUUGGGAUGCGGCUUCAGGGUUGGGUGCACCGGAUUUCGCCAAGUUGAGGAAGCUCUUGACCUAA